AUGAAGAUGGACGAAAAAUUUGAUAUUGAGCGGAUGGCUCUCAAUUCUGGACUGGUCGUGGGCGAACGAAGCCGUAAACGAACAAUCACUUAUGCUUCACUCUUGACAUUUGCUGCAUUGUCAGCUGCAUCCCUGCUCCUGCGAUCGGGGACAUUCCCGUCUGCUUCAAACAGCUGCAUAUCGAACCGAAGCCCCCUAGAACAGGUAUUGGCAAAAGCUCCUCUAAUUGAUGGCCAUAACGACUUUCCGAUCUGGACUCGAGCAUAUUAUCAGGACCACAUCUACCAGUCCAACUUCACCGAGCAGGGCCACUUAUACGGCCAAGUUGACUUCCCACGCCUACAGCAGGGGCGUCUGGGGGCGCAAUUCUGGAGUGUCUAUGUCGAAUGCCCACGGCAACCAUAUAGCGCCGCAAACGAUAGUGAGGAUCUCUACCAUGAAAUUGUGCGGGACACGUUCCAACAAAUCGAUCUGGUGCAUAGGAUGAUCGACCAUUUCCCCAAGAGUCUGAUCCCUGCCUCGUCGGUGGCCGAUGUCAUGCACAACUUCCGUGCUUCCCCAGGACGCGUUUCCAGCCUGCUUGGCAUCGAAGGCUUACACCAGAUUGGAACCAGUGCCAGUGUGCUCCGUAUGUAUCAUCGCCUCGGGGUGCGAUACGCAACGCUCACACACACCUGCCACAACCAUUAUGCUGACAGCGAAUCGCCCUCGGAGCCCCAACACAAUGGGCUCUCGUCGGCUGGGGAAGCCAUUGUUGCUGAGAUGAACCGACUCGGGAUGAUAGUAGAUAUCUCACAUACGAGCUUUGCCACGCAGCGUGCAGUCCUCGCCAUGUCUCGGGCGCCGGUCAUGUACUCACACUCAUCGGCAUACACCGUCUGUCCCCAUUCGCGAAAUGUACCAGAUGACAUCCUGAAGACGCUACAGCAGAACGACGGAAUCAUCAUGAUCACCUUCUACCCCGAGUUUACCAACUGCCAAAGUGCGGAUAAAGCAUCCCUACCAGAUGUUGCAGACCACAUCCAGUAUGUGGGCAAUCUCAUCGGGUACCGCCACGUCGGCCUGGGCAGUGACUUUGAUGGAAUGGCUCAGGGGAUGCGCGGGCUGGAAGAUGUAUCCAAGUAUCCCGACCUUAUUCAGGAACUGCUCAAUCGCGGUGUUGGCGUAGAUGAUCUCGCAGGGGUCAUUGGUGGUAACGUCCUCCGUGUGCUGGCGGCCGUGGAAAAAGUCGCUCUCCACUCGAAGCAUAUACUACCUCUAGAAGACGAUAUUAAGCCAUUCUUCAAGUAG